AUGAAAGCUCAAGGAAGCGAAGAUAUCAGACAGAAAGUCAUGUUGUUUCCGAGAUUCCAGGAUGAGUCGCAAGUCCCAUGCCACCGCCCAAAGGUCCUUCAGGUGCCACGUGUGCGGCAAAGUGUUCGGCCAAAAGGGCCAUCUACUGAUUCACACAAUGUCCACGCGGAGGUGAGGCCCUUCGGAUGCGACACCUGCGGCAGGCGCUUCACUCAGAAGGGGAACCUCCUUCGGCACUCGCUGUUGCACACCAACGAAAAGCCCUUCGGAUGCGGCAUCUGCAGGAAGUUCUUCGUGCAAAAGGCUCAUUUGGUGAAGCACGUCGUGGUGCACAGGCAGAGGCUGGCUGCCCUUAGAAGUAGUCGGCGGAGGGAGGCGUCCGAGCGAUGGUCUUCCGCUGAGGCCAAGGAGACCUCCCUCAGAUGCAAGGUCUGCGGAUUGCAGUUCAGGCGGAUCUUCAAGCUGAUGGAACACCUGAAGGUCCAGCAUAUUCUGGGAAAGGAAAGGAAAUAA